AUUCAAAUUCAAAUUCAAAUUCAAAUUCAAAUUCAAAUUUAAAUUCAAUUUAACUUUCAUAAUGUCUAAUGUUCAAAUCCUUACUUUAGGUUCAAAUCCUAACCUUGUAUAUUAUGGUUGGAGAUUAUAUGAAACUAUGUCAUCAGUAGAAAUUACUAUGGUUAAUCCUUCUAUUAUGACACCUAUUUUAUGGUCUUCAAAUAAUUUUAAUAAUAAUUUAUCAUUUCAACCUCAUUAUACUUAUCAAAAGAUUAAUCAAGUACCUCAAUCAUCUUAUAAAUUUGAUAUUGUAAUUUUAAGUUCUAAUAGUUUACAAGAUUUUCAAACUAUUACUAAUGAUUUAUUAUCUUAUAUUAAUGAAGAUACAAUUAUUUUAAUUGAAAGUACUGGUUAUGUAAAUUUAGAACCAUUCAUUAAAUUAAGUUUACCUCAACAUUUACAAUCACGAAUUAUAAUAAUGUCAAUUAUGAAUGAAUCAGAUAUUAAACAAUUAUCUUCAUCAAAAUUUAAUCAUACUGUUAGAAAUAAUGAUACAAGAAUUUAUUUUGGUAAUUCUUCAUCUCAACAAUCAAAUCCAACUAAUUCAGUUAAUUAUCAAAGAUUAUAUAAAUUAUUACUUACAGUUCAACAAGAUUCAAAUAAUGCAAUAAGUUUAUUAAAAUCUCUUGUACCAAAAGAAUUUAUGACUUAUCAAUGGAAAUUAGCUUUACCUCGGAUAGUAUUUAAUCCAUUAACAAUCUUAUUUGAAUCACCUUAUCCUGCUAGUUUAAAUCAACAAAUUUUAUGUCAACCUUUAAUAAAAGGAAUUAUUAAUGAAUUAUUUAAAAUAAUUAAAAAAAUGGAUUGUAAAUUAGUUAAAGGAUUUGAAAAUGAAACUAAUUUAUUAAAUAAUUGGUCAAAAUAUUAUCCUCAACCCAAUAAAGGUGAAGAUGAUUCAUAUAUUAAUACUAAUAAUGUAUUUUAUAAUUUUUAUCAUCAAUUGAAUGAAUUUUUAGAAAUAGAUUUAUUAUUAUUACAGCCAAUUUUAUUAGGUGAUGAUCAUGGUAUUAAAACUCCUUAUUUAGAAAACCUUUAUUCAGUUAUGUGUCAAUAUGUUAAAAUUAAUUCCAAAGCUUCUAUUUUAUUUACUAGAAAUAAUGGUGGUUCAAUAACAAAUAAUGCUAAUGGUAAUGGUCAUAGUAAUAGUAAUGGUCAUAAAGAUUUUAAUAGUAAAGAAUUUGAAGCAAAACAAAAGAAAUUACAUGAAAUCGAAACCAGAUCUCUUGACUUGAAUAAUUCUAUUAAUAAGUCAGAAGUGUAUCAUCAAGAGUUAACUUCUAAGAUUAAAUCUCAUGAAUCCACUUUGGAUACAUUACAAGAAAAGAUCAAUAACUAUCAAGCAUCCUUAGAUCAAUUGCAUAGAGAUUAUGAAUCAAAGUCUAAGAUUUUACUGGAUAACUAUAACAAAUUCCAAGCAGACUUUGAGCAAAAGAAACUCACUAACGAACAACAGUUGGACCAACAAAGACGAGACGCUGAAGAAGAUAUCAAGAAGCGAAUUGCUUCUGCAGAACAUCAACAGCAACAACAGCAGCAGCAACAGCAACAGCAGCAACAGCAAAAGCAGCAACAGCAACAGCAGCAACAACCACAACCACCACAACCACAACCAUCACAACCACAACAACAGCAACAACAGCAACAACAGCAGCAACCUGCAACUAAGAAUGUAAGAGAUUCAGUUCAACCAACUGACAAUUUGGCUGAUUUGACUCAUAUUGCCUUAUACGGAGCUGCCAUUAACGGUGAAAUUACUUCUGCCCCACCUCAGGCAACUGAACAGGCCGCUUCAAAUGGAUCUGUACCAAACCAUCUACAUGAAAAGGAGCUUGAAUUACAGAGACGUGAACAAGCAUUGUUGGCACGUGAAAUGCAAGCUUCAGCAUCCAGUACUGAAUCCUAUCAACCACAACAACAAUAUGUUGAUGCUUCUGCUUAUCUUCCAGGUCCUGGCCCACAAUUUCAAAAGCCAUAUUACGGAGGACCUCAGCAACCACAACAAUACUAUAACAACAAUAGCGGAUACUUCAACCAAGUUUAUACUCAACCAUCACCUUUGGAUCAACAACCACCUCAUGGAUUACCUAGUCAAGGAUUACCACCCAAUGCUUUACCUCCUAACUUAAGAGGUAGUAGUUCAAUGGUAUCAAAUGUCAAUCGUUAUCAACAACCUUUACCACCAAAUGGGUACCCUGUUCGUAGAGUUGGAUCCAUUCCUAAUGCAGUAAAUGCUUAUGGAGAUUAUCCACCUCAAGGUUAUGGACAACAACAACAACAACCUAACUUUGCCAAUGCUGCUCCAAUUGAUUCAUUUGUAGAAAACCGAUUCAAAGCCAAUCCUAAAAAGCUGAAUCGUAGAUCAGCAUUCCCAGGAGCUCUUGAAGGUAUUGAUAUGGGAGGUCGUGGAGGUAUGCCAGUUCCAGGUAAUCAUCAAAAACAUAGAUCUGUUGGACCUAUGAAUGGAUUAACUAUUCCACCAUCUCAAGCACAACAAAGGAAAUCGGUAAGUAAUCCAUUAAAUGGACAAUUCAAUAAUCUUAAUUUGAAUGGUCAACAACAGCCACCUCCACCACCAUCCCAACAACCAUCCCAACAAUCAAUUCAACAAUCAAGUCAAAAUGGUGGUAGUAAUUAUAAUGGAUCUGGCAAUAAUUAUCUCCAACCUCCAAACUUGGCUUCCAAUGCUUCUAGUCAAUCAUCUACCAAUACAAAUGAUACACCUCAAACAUCUAGUAGUAAUGAUAGUGAUGCUAAUGGAGGUGCUAUAGAUACUUCAAUUGGUAAACCAUUAGGAUCUAUUUCAGAUUCUAAUCGUUCCACUGGAUUGGAUCACAAACAAAGCAAGAAGAGAUCGGGAUUAUUUGGAAGAAAGAAGUAAGAAAAGUAUGAUGUGUUUCUAAGUUUGGUUUUGGUUUCUUAAAACAUGUUGCAAAAGAUAAUUACAUGGGUAAUUUGUUUAUUUGUUUAUUUGUUUAUUUGUUUGUGUUUGUUUGUAUAUUUGUUCUUAUAUUCCAUAAUGUUUUCUAUUGACGUUUGCUUUCUUAUGUACAUUAUAUACUAUUAUUAUUAUUAUUAUUAUAUUAUUAUUAUUAUAUUAUUAU